UGUGUGUUUGUGGGUGAGAAUGUGUGACUACAUGUAUGUGUGAUUGUUUUACAGGCCUUAUAAAUAUAAUGACUGAUAUAAUUUGGCGCUUCACUGGAGAUUUCAUGGCCCCUGAUCUUGUCUGCCGAAUUGUUCGCUAUCUGCAGGUUGUACUGUUAUAUGCCUCUACCUACGUCCUGGUGUCACUAAGCAUAGACAGAUAUCAUGCCAUAGUGUAUCCAAUGAAGUUCUUCCAAGGAGAAAGGCAAGCAAAAAUUCUCAUUGUGGUUGCCUGGGGCCUCUCCUUCCUGUUUUCAAUUCCAACACUGAUCAUAUUCGGGAAGCAGCAACUGUCCAAUGGGGAAGUACAAUGCUGGGCUGCCUGGCCAGAUGACUCUUACUGGAUUCCCUACAUGACCACGGUUGCCUUCCUGGUAUAUUUUAUUCCUCUGAUUAUUAUCAGUGUUAUUUACUUCAUUGUGAUUCGAACGAUAUGGGUUAAGAGCAAAGCCCAUGGUGUCAUUGUAUCCAACUGUUCUGAUGGCAAAUUCCGUGCUAGCUACACCCAUCGAGGACUCAUAUCAAAGGCUAAAAUCAAAGCUAUCAAAUACAGUGUGGUCAUAAUUUUGGCAUUUGUGCUCUGCUGGAGUCCUUACUUUCUUUUUGAUAUUCUGGACAACUUCAGUGUCCUCCCUGAGACCAAAGAACGCUUCUAUGCAGCAGUGAUUAUUCAGAAUCUGCCAGCUUUGAACAGUGCCAUCAAUCCCAUCAUAUACUGUAUCUUCAGCAACACCCUUUGCCAUGCUUUCAGGCAAAGAAGAUCAGGAAAUCUGGGGGUUUUCAGAGACAGAACUGAAGGACAAGAGAUGCAGGCUCUAUCCAAGCCAGAAUAUAUUUAGAGAUCAGAUGUGAUUACAAAGACCGCGUUGAUUCUGAGGGGUGAAAUAAAAAUCUCAUCGGUGUUCAGAAAUCUAGGAGGAACAAAUGAGGAAAAAAAACUCAUUCCUGUACACAAAUCACCACCCUCUAAAGCAGGCCUGCACCACUUCUGACCCAAUUGCCUGGGUGUAGCCCACCAGCCACCUAACAGUCAACUUGCCAGUCUUGCUGCUACCGGUCUUGUUGAACUCAGGCAAUUGGGGCAGAAGUUAUGCGGGGGGGGGCUUGUCACUUGGCUUGGUGAGCCACGAGUUAUGCAGGUCUGCCCUAUAGUGACAUGCCAGCAAGUCUCUCUUUCUCUUUCACAUUUCAAUUGACAGCUGAUGGGAGGGAGCAGGAAAAAUGGCAGCACUCAGGGUUACGUUCAGAUGUCUCCGGGACUUCAGAACUUGCUAAGCUGAACUUUUUCUGGGAACCGUGUCCUAUACUUCUUCAGCAUUUGUUUUCAAAAAU